UUCAACCAUCAUAGGCGCUCCUUCCUCAUUAAGAUAUCACUGUCCAGGAAAAAGACUCCGCGUAACCGGUCUGUUUGGCUUGCCUGGAAAUGUAGGAAACAGACGUUUUUGCUGCAAAGAAUGAUUUUUGAGGGCAUGGGUGCAACGUGUGAUGUAGUGCCGCGAUUCUCUACGCUCAUAAUCGGUUCGAAGUGUAUUGGAAGGAAGCUGAAUAUGGCCGGGGUGCCGUUGACUCAGAGAGACAGCAAGGAAUGUGUAACAAAAAAAUGUGAUUUUCGCCCAAAAAGCGCGUGCGCGAGGCAGAGACGGUUGGGUUUCCAACUUUCACGCUCUUGUAACCAUUCACAAGCUAUUACAGUGCUGGAAUCUGGAAACUUUUAUGCUUCUUUUGAUGAGGACUGUUUGUUAAAGAACAAGGCACAAGAGGUUGCGUCAUGCUUAAAUGGACGCUCAAUAUUUCUUUUGGGAAUGAUGGGCUCUGGAAAAACAACAGUGGGCCACGUUCUAUCAACAGCAUUAGGUUAUUCUUUUAUUGACAGUGAUGCAUACGUAGAACAGGCUAUGGGUGGAACUUCGGUGGCACAAAUAUUCAAGCAUCAUGGGGAGAGUUUCUUCAGAGAUCACGAGAGUGAGGCAUUGCGGAAAUUGUCCUCGGUGCCCAGGCAAGUUGUUGCCACAGGAGGCGGUGUAGUUGUUCGCCAUAUCAACUGGAAAUUUAUGAGGCAGGGGAUCUCUGUCUUUUUAGAUGUGCCCCUCGAUGCAUUGGCCAGGAGGAUUGCCAAAGUGGGAACUGAUUCUCGCCCUCUUUUGCAUUUCGAUUCAGGAGAUGCUUACACUAAGACUUUUGUGGAACUGUUUACUCUUACAAAAAAGAGAUCUGUGGCAUAUGAAGAUGCUGAUGCUACAGUUUCCCUUCUAAAUCUUGCAGCCAACCUGCAUCUUGAUGACAUGUCUGAUAUCACACCAACUGCCAUAGCAAUUGAGGCACUCGUACAAAUUGGGGAAUUUCUACGGGAAGAAAAUGGCAGAGCCCGCCGAGUACAUCCUUAAAUAAUCGAACCUCUUAGUUUUUAGCUUCUCCAUGGUUUUCACUUGUAUUACCAAGCGGUUCCUUCUUGUAGCGUGGUUUCUUAGAAGGUUACAGAAGAACGCCUUUAUAUACCGAAACAGAAUAGCUUUCUCGGAUGUUUCCUGAUGACAUUAAUUAUUUUGGAGAAAACAUCUAUAUCAUGAAAGCACAAGGAGAGUAAAUAUCAUUAGAUUGAUAUAUUGCGACAAGUGGAAUUCACAAAGAUGAGUUACAUUGA